AUGGCCCCUACCACCAAGCAAGGCAAUGCCUCCCGGGCUAACGCUGCCGCCAAGGCAGUCGUUAAGGGCUCUUCCCUCCACAAGGCUCGCAAGGUCCGCACCUCGACCACCUUCCACCGCCCCAAGACCCUGCAGCUCUCUCGGUCUCCCAAGUACCCCCGUGUCUCGGUCCCCCGUGACCCCCGCAUGGAUGCUCACAACAUCAUCCUGUACCCCCUGAACACCGAGAGCGCCAUGAAGAAGAUCGAGGAGAACAACACCCUCGUCUUCAUCGUUGACGUCAAGGCCAACAAGCGCCAGAUCAAGCAGGCUCUUAAGAAGCUGUACGACGUUGACACCGUCAAGGUCAACACCCUUGUCCGCCCCGACGGCUCCAAGAAGGCCUACGCCCGUCUCACGGCUGAUGUUGACGCUCUGGACAUUGCCGCCACCAAGCUGGCUAUUGUCUAA